UAGGGUAAUGGGGGUCUCCUGUAGAGUUGAGCGUAACUUUUUUUCGGACUUCCUCGAACUUGUCUCAAGACUCACGGAGCUCUUUCUCCUUGUGGUUUGAGAAGGCUGAACUCAGCCCUAGUCACUUUUUUUCAUUUGUUCGUCGUUUGAAAGUGUCUAGGUCUGCUUUGCGAUGACUUGCGCGCAGCAUGUAUUUUGCGUGCCGUUGGCUGUGUGGUUUGUGUUGAGCGUGUCUGCGAGCCGCGGGGCUCCGUCCAGCAUGUUCCAGGGUACUUCAUAUUCAGGACCGCUCCACAGGCACAGGAACAAAAACUGGUGUGCAUUUAUUGUUCAAAAGAACGUGAGUUGCGCGGUGCAAGGGAACGUGGAAAGCCAUGUAGAGCCUGAAGUUGCGCCUUGUCCGAUACAUCACCCGGACUGCGAGCAACAAAUGAUAUAUCGGACCCGGUUUCGACCAACUUACAGGAUUUCUUAUAAGACUGUGACUGAGCUUGAAUGGAGGUGCUGCCCAGGAUACCAAGGUCCUGACUGCAAAGAUCCGAAAGGCUCUCCAAAUACACAGACAAUACUUGAACCCCAACCACAGGCACACCCUCAGCCUCGCCCUGGGCACACUCGAACCACUCAAAGGCCAGGGCGACAACAGACUUGGCAGUACAAUGGCCACCGUGGGGCUGAGAGAACCCCCCAGCUGGAGCAAGAAGUGCAGCGCCUCUCACAGACAGUAUUGGACCUCCAAGCAGCCAUGACCACAAUUAAUACAAACCUGCGCACCGACUUGCAGGAGGACACCAGCAAGAUGCUGGUUACGCUUCUCAACAACAUGCGUCCGCCAGACACUGCAAGAACGGGAGGCACAGAGGAAAGCGUGGUGCAUCUGGAUGGGCACCAGGCCACUAGGGGGCGCAUUCACGGUGAAAGGGGGAUGGAGGAAGUGCUAGCCAGGCUGAAUGACGUAACGGAUGCGCUGAAGAGCAAAGACGAGGCGAUUGAGGAGUUGCGGGGUGCUGUGACAGGACACGAUGGCCAGAUCCGGAUGCUCAUGGACACCUCUCAGGUUCCAGCAGACACUGUUGGUGCAUCCACAGACCUUGAUGUACUCCAGACCUACAUUGACGGAAAAUUUGAAAAAUUAAAGAAGGAGAUGACUGUCGCCAUGAAGGACCAGAUAGCCCAGAUGAGGAGUGAGUGUGAUGAUAGAAUCUUUUCUCUUCAGAAGACAUGUGACGAUGGUCAAAAGAGAAGCUACGCGAGCCUGACAAAACUACUGGAGAGCACUGAGGCCGAGCUCAGGAAGGAGAUCCGUGAGCUACAUCUGGACUUGGCCAUGUCAGAUGGACUGGUGAGCACCAACAAGCAAACACCGCCUAUUAAGGAGGAUGAUAUUCACCAUGAAUUAUGGCAGGAGCUUCAGCGGGUGGCAGAGGCUCACCGAAUCCUAAACGCCCGUGUAGAUAAUGAGUUGGAGCACCUGUCCAUGCUGCAGUUGGAGGAUGUGUUCGGGCCUCGCCUGGAUGAACUGGAGGCCCAGAUGAAUGUGACUGAGAGGAACGCAGAGGCCUACUGCUUUUAUGUGGAUGAGAAAAUAACCAAGGAACUAGCAGAUGAGAUUGCCAAUAUCCGCCAGUUCUUGGUUGACAGACUGAAUUCAAUGGAAGACCAGUUCACAGCCAUGCUGAUCGAAAUGAGCAACAGAUCCUUCCCAGGGAUGCUCAGCGAUUCUGUUGAUGCCCUGCAAUCUCAGGUUAAUGGUAAUAAGUAUCUAAUCCAAGGACUUGAAGACAAACUAAAUGCCAUGGGGCAGAUAUGCUCAGUAGAGUGCAAGACAAGCUCAUCCAACAAGCAUCAAAACCAGAGACGUCUGGAGAGUAUCGCCAAGGACUUGAGGCACUGUAUGAGUGAUCUGGAUGUCUUGAAGUCUGAUGUCAUAAACCAUUCCACAAAGCUUGUCGAUCUAGAGGGCAAAAUCGAUCAUCUGGCUCUGCAGAAUCAGCAGAACGGCGUGAGCACUCAGGACCUGGACAACAAGCUCAAGCCUCUCAAGGAUGAUGUGAGUGGCGUGACCGGAGCCGUGGUGGGAUUGACAGACUCUGUUAGCAAGAUUAGCAGAGAUCUACAAACCCUGAACUCUACUUGUUGCCUCGCAGGACAGGGGGAGUGGGCAGAGGCUCAGCCGCCUCAUGGAGACAGCAGACCACGUUUUGGCCAGGUGGAAGAGCUGAGAGUCAGAUUGGACAAGUUGAGCGGCCAGGUGACCAAGGAGCUGAGUCUCUGUAAAGAAGCAGCAGCAAACAUAGCCGAAGGCUUCUCUGCAGUAGAUGGCAGGGUGGUCACACUGGAACAGCUGUGUGGGAAGCAGAAUGAGCAGAUAAACCAAGUUCAGGGCAUGAAAAAUGGUCUGGAGAGACACUUGGCGCAAGUGAACUCCUCUCUGCUGACACACUCUAGGGAGAUCGACGCACUCCAGAGCAACCUGCUCAACUUUCAGAAUCAGCUUGCAGCGCUUAAGGGCCAUACCACAAAACUGCAAGCUCUCUUCCAGAAGCUGAACCAAAUCGUUGGAGUGCCCAUGAAACAGGAGAUACCUAGUGCCAUCCCAGACUACAGGACUUCAUCUCCAUCCAGGAGGAACAACAUCCCUGAGAUACACAUUCCUCUGAUAAUCCCCCACCACCCUCGUGCACCGGUCCAGCCAGGCAGGCCCCGGCAGCAGCCCAGCCAACCAGCUGUGCUUCGGCCGCCCGUGGAGACCGGAGAGGCUGGACCCCCUGGCUACAUACGCAAGGUGACAGUUCAACGAGAUGAGGGCUUGGACGGAGCUGGAAAGCCAGUUAAAGGAUUUGCCGGCGCACCAGGCCAUCCUCCCAUUAGCCCUGUGGCAUACAGACCUGGCCCAGUUGCAGUUUCUCAAGUCCUUUGGAAUCCUGCACAAAGACUUUUUGCAAGACCAGUGUCAUCUGAGAGAAACUUGUUUGCAGACCCCUUUUCCUUCUCUGCUGGACUCUCAAAGCAGAUGUUUUCAGGGGACUUUGGCAUCAUUCGCUUCAACCGAGUGCUGGUCAACGACGGAGGACAUUACAACCCCCAAACAGGGAUCUUCACGGCACCUUUGGAUGGCCGCUACCUGGUCUCGGGAGUUCUGACGGCUCCGCACCACGCGCGGGUCGAGGCUGUGCUCUCGGUGUCUGAGCGCAGCGUGCUGAAGCUGGACUCAGCGGGCUACAUGGGUGCGAGCGAGCCCGCUACUGGCCCGUCACCAGGCUCAUGCGGAGGCUCCGCUUCCUUCACAGUCAUCAUCUCACUGCGGGCAGGCGACCGCGUGGCGCUGGUGCGCACAGCAGGCGCACUGGCCAUCUCGGAGGCCAGAGAGGUUCUUUCCACCUUCAGUGCCAUGUUCCUCUAUCCACCUCAGGCACGACGAUAGCCUCUGAAGAGGGAUCCUUACCCGCCCAGCCACCCGCGGGUUGCUCAUCCUGAAGCUCAUUGCAAGCCAGGGGGACGUUGGAAGGAAAAACAGGAUCAGAGCCCACAUCAAAGCAGCCAAGUUGCCAGACACUUACAGGCUCAGGCCA